CUCCCUCCCUCCUCCUUCCCCGGCCGCCGGGCGCCACCGCGGCAUCACCCGCUGGCGCCCCGACUCUGAGGAUGGAGGACUGAGCAGGCCAGGGCGAGCCGACCCCCCGUCCCCGGUCCCCACACCCCACACCCUGUGACCUUUCAUGACCUCAGCGUGACCACCCCCGCCGAGGCCCCCGCUCUCCCUGCUCCUCGCUCUGCCGGAAAAUGGGGCGGAAAAAGAUUCAGAUUCAGAGGAUCACGGACGAAAGGAACCGCCAGGUGACGUUCACCAAGCGGAAGUUUGGGCUGAUGAAGAAGGCGUACGAGCUGAGCGUGCUGUGCGACUGCGAGAUCGCCCUGAUCAUCUUCAACCACUCCAACAAGCUGUUCCAGUACGCCAGCACCGACAUGGACAAGGUGCUCCUCAAGUACACCGAGUACAACGAGCCGCACGAGAGCCGCACCAACACGGACAUCAUCGAGACGCUGCGGAAGAAGGGCUUUAACGGGUGCGACAGCCCCGAGGCCGACGGGGACGACUCCAUCGACCAGUCCCCGCUGCUGGAGGAGAAGUUCCGCCGGGCCAGCGACGACCUGGACGUCCUCUUCAAGCGCUAUGGGUCCGCCGUCCCGGCCCCCAAUUUUGCGAUGCCCGUGACGGUGCCCGUCUCGAACCCCAGCGCCCUGCAGUUCAGCAGCCCCGGGGCCCCGCUGCCUUCCCCGGUCCUGGCGGACCCCCGCCUCAUGUCGCCGCAGCCCCCGGCAACCCAGAGGAACACCGUUUCCCCCGGUCUGCCCCAGCGGCCGGCCAGCGCAGGGGCCCUGCUGGGCGGAGACCUGGGCAGCAGUAACGGCGCCUGCCCCAGCCCCGUCGGGAACGGUUACGUGAGCGCCCGGACGUCCCCCGGGCUCCUGCCGGUGUCCAAUGGGUCCGGCCUGCCGCUCAAGGUCCUGCCGGCCAAGUCCCCGCCGCCGCCGCCGCCACCGCCGCCCCCCGCGCCGCCCGCCCAGCUCGGGGUCAGCGGCCGCAAGCCGGACCUGAGGGUCAUCACCACGCAGGGCCCCAAGGCCCUCGGUCCCCAGCUGGCGGAGGGGCAGGCAGAGCUGCAGAACGCACAGCGCCUGGGAAUCCCCCCGACGACCCACGCCCUGAGCACUCCCAUCGUCUCCGUGGCCACCCCGAGCCUGCUGACCCAGGGCCUGCCCUUCCCCUCCAUGCCCACCGCGUACAACACAGAUUACCAGCUGACAAGCGCAGAGCUGACUUCUCUCCCAGCCUUCAACUCGCCCGGAGGACUGAGUCUGAGCAGUGUCACUGCCUGGCAGCAGCAUCAGCAACAACAGCAACAGCAACAGCAACAACAACAACAACAGCAACAGCAACAACAGCAGCAGCCACAACAACAGCCACAGCAGCAACCGCAGCAGCCCCACCUGGUCCCUGUGUCCCUGACUAACUUAAUACAAGGCAGCCCCCUUCCCCACGUCACCACCCUCACAGUCAACACCAGCCCCAACGUCAGCAUCAAAUCGGAGCCCGUGUCCCCGAACCGGUGCCCGCGCAGCCCGGCCGCGCCCCCGCCGUUCCCCGUGGCCGGACGCUCGCCCGUCAGCGGCGCCUACGAGGGGGCCGAGUGCGAGGACGCCCGCAGGUCCGUCGGCCCGGCCCUUGGGCUCCUCCGGCCCGGCGCCCCCCCGGGAGGCCCUCCCGGGCCCCCCGAGGGCCCCGACGGCCCCUCCGCCAAGCGCCUGCGGCUGGACACUUGGACACUGAAGUAAACUCCCCUUCUCCCGCCGACCGACCGGAAGGUGAAAAUGACAAUCCUAAUCUCGCUGCCAGCCACCGCCGCCGCCGCCGCCCCCCCCCACACCUGCCCCCUUCCCGGGUGCCCUCCGGGGCUACCUGGGGGAGGGUGCGGAGGGAGGGGGGGCAGCCCCCUGCCCCGCUGCUGACUCCCACCCCCGUCUUGUUCCUGUUUACUGUGGACGGUUGUGGUCAAGUCAACUGUGUCUUCUGCGUUUAGCCUGGCUUGAGGGGAGGGGCGGCGCGGGGGGGACACGCUGGACCAUCACGGUAGAGGGUGAGGGAGGAGGGGAAUGGCCCAGGACUGAGGAGAGGUAGAGGGAAGAGGGGGCUUUGCACGACAGCAGAUGGGAGGAAAGGUGCUGGGGGUCCUGGCACCCGGGACGCCCUCCCUUUCCCCAUCCUCCCGCCCUUUUUAGUCCCCCUCUUCUCCUUCCCCGCCCCCCCGCCCCGCACGGUCAUGAAUGAAACCCGCUGCUCCUGCCACUCUGGCUCUACUGGCCGGGGCCCCCUCCCCGACUGGGCCCAGGGCAGGGGAGUCGGGGGGCAGUGUCGUGGUUGGGGCUUCCCUCCGCCCCAUCCUCCACCUGCCCAGGGCAGGGGGGCUGGGGAGGGGGGGUGGUCCCGGGGGCUGCCAGCUCCCGUCUCCCCCAUCCCUUCGGGCCCCCCGUCCCUGCCCUCGCCUCCCAGUUUACCAGCUUGCUACCUCUGCCCCCCUCCGGCCCCCUCUGCCUGGCCCACCGCCCCCACCCCGGCACCUGUCCCUGUAAAUAGCAAACUCCCUCCCACCCCCUGCCCCUCCAGCAGCAGUUGAAAGGGCCCUGAAGCCGUUCUGUGUAUUGAUAUGAAAUGAGAUUCUAUUUUUGUCAAAGUUAUAUUGUUAUAAUGACUUCGAAGCCACCGGAGCACUGUAGAGACCACCCCCCAGGCCUUCCCGCUCCCAGGGUCCCCCCACAGAUCCCUUCCCCCACGACCCUCUACUGAGGGAGAUGCGAGGGGGCAGGGGCUCGCCUGUGUCCCCAAACCUUCAUGCCCUCUGCCCUACCCCCACCCCUGCAUUAUAGAAAAGCCCCCCCUCCCCUGGGGAAGAGAGAAAGAGGGGAAGGGAGUGAGGGAAGGGGUCAGCGGGGAAGGAUUCGGUUCCAGCCCCGGACCUCCUGCCAGCUGCUGCUCCUCCCCACACCCGACCCUGGCGAGGGCGGCGGGCCUGGUCCGGUGGGUGAAAGGCCUGGUGCCCUUACUGGUCCCCAGACUUGUCCUCCUCCUCCUUCCCCCAUCAGGAGUCACUCCCAGAGGCCGGUGUAGACACUGCCAGCGUGGAGGGGAGAGGGUCCCCGCCUAACCCCCUGUCCCCCCCGGAUUCCCACCAGGGCCAGGGAGGGCCCCGCACCCCACCCUCACCCCAAUCUCAGCCGUAGCCUGGGGUCUCACACAGGGAUGGUGUACAGGACGUAGCCCCUCUGACGACGCCCCGAAAUGGGUGACACCCCGCUCCCCACCCCACCCCGUCAGGAAGGAUCGAAUGCGCUUCUCGAUUAUUUAUUGUUUUCAAGCGAACGUGGAGGACAGAGACUGUGGAUCUAUAAAUACUAUAUCGCUCUAUAUUUUUAACUGACCUCCCCCGCCCCAGGCCCCGGCUCCAGGCCGAAGGUGGAGGAGGGGGCCCGAGGCGAGCUGCACCCCCUUGCCCCCUCCCUCCUGACAAUCACCGACGCCGCGC